AUGCCUCUUGAGCACCCUUUCGCCAACCGCCCGCACAUCCCGCCGCCCACCAAAGCACCUUUGCCUGUGCCUGUGCCUCUGCAUAUACGCACCAAGUCGCGCUCGCCCUCUCGCCAGCAUGCUCGCGCCCUUGACCCGUUGCUGCGUGACCUUUCGCCGACCACCACCCUUCGUGCCUGCUCCGCCGAGCCAGACGACAUGGACAUGACCAGCUCGCAUACCCUCAUCAGAAGUAUCCACACAGCAUCGCCUUCACAACGCGCCUUGGCCGCCAAGGCUGCGAGCACUUGUCUGCAUCUCAGGACAUGGGCGCGCGAGAUUGACGCUUGGCAAUGGCCUGGCACCUUCGACAUUCCCAAGCGCGCUCGUCGAAGCGUAGUCUCUGGACGUGGCGACGCUGUUGACGCUGUGGAGGAGCAUGGAGAAGCAGACGAAGACUUCUGGGGCAGUCUUCCCGCGAGCACUGUCAGAGCAUACGAGAAGCGAGCCGAUGAGAUUGGUCAGCAUCUGGACGAGAUGGACGUGGAAGAGCUGAAGGAUUAUGUGUUGAAUUCCCACUACCGUGUCAACUCUAGGCCGCCGUCAAGGUCAGAUGCGUUUGGCGACUAUUCAGCUGCGACUGUCGACCUGAAGAAGCUGGACGACUUCACCGCUCUGGUCACCGCGACCAUUCUACAGGCACUCCCUUUCCUGUCGAAGCUACAUCGCCUGCUUGACGUCUGGACCAUUCGACUCAUCAUUCUACGCAGCGCUCCGAACUAUCUGCGCGAUCUUAAACGAGCACGGCACGAACUCGAUCGCGGCUGGGCAGCAAUUUCGACUUCGUCAAGCUCUGUCUCACCGGUUGAUACAGCGAGCUUAGACAGGCAAGCUUUGGAAGACUUGAAAGCUGCGAUACAGCGCCAAGUGGGCAGCCUGGGACGGAGACUCGAUCGUUUUCUCGACGAUCUUGAAGGCAGAGACGACUGUGUUCCUGACACGUGGGUUGACGAUUUCGAACUGCUGGAAUCUGCGUAUGGCACAUGGGUAGUCCAAGCUGAUCGCAAAGUGCUUGAAGACGAAUGGCAUAGAUUAAGACAGCAGUCCGCCGCUGGACCUGACAGCGAGACCUCUUCAUCAUCAGCUGCCGCUCCGAGUGGUAUCUUGACUGUUUCUGAGACUGAAGAUCCAGAUUCUGAUGACGAUGCUGUGCGCCGACCAUCGCAGGAUGUGCAGUCUCGAGAUCAAAGUCCUUGGCUGGCCCAAGGCGGCUGGUCAAAGGCCGACACAGUCUCUGGCACGGAAACACUCUCAGAUCACGCAAAGGAGCUUCGGGUCGUCACAGCCACCAUGUCCGCAAGUGCCCUGCUGCCUAGCCGACCAGUCUCUCAACCUGUUCCUCUAGUUGUUCGCCCGGAACUGUCGCUCGAAGACGUCAAUUCUGUCUCUGCUAUUUCUGCUCACAGAAGUGUCUCGUCCGGCUCGAGUCCUGUCGACGGCGAAUCUCAGCGCGGCCAACUGGCCAGAAAGCGUGCGGCAUUCCUCAAUGCCGGUAUCGAGCAGAGCGAAAGGCUUAAUAUGUCCAAGAGUCCGGUUCGGCCGUUUGAGCAUGCGAGUAAUGCCUUCACAAAAUUAUUUAAAAAGGACCGGAGCCCUGAACAGAUCAAGCCUAAGAGAACGCUCAGCAGUCGAUGGCGCUCGGCAGUGUCCGCAGAGUCAGCAGAUCGCAAAGCAUUGUCACCAGUGUCUCUGGUCAGCUCACAAUUCAAUUCGAUCCGUGGUGGAAGCUCAGCCCACUCAGAAGCAAGCCACCCCAAAAGCUCGGUCAAUGAAGCCAGCAGUGGGGUGGUUGGUGAUGCCAAGCCCAUGGCUGACUCUAUCCAAGCAGAGGGAAGCAAUGCGGAGAGCCACGACGAACCUCGUUUCCACACCCACGAUGGCCAGAAGGCCACAUUGUCGGCUCGCGACAGCAUCGCUCCGGCAACUUAUAAGCCUACUGGCCUGAACUCGCCAUUCCACUCACCAUCAAAGGACGAGUUCCCUGAGAACUGGCCUCUUGCGUCUCCAUCUGACACCACGCCAUCAGGGCAGGCUCCUGGAAAUGUCUUGCUCUCUGAAGGCGCAAUGGACGAAGAAGCCUCGACCAAAACGCCAGCAGUUGCGAUUGAGACAGAUGUCUUUGACCGAAUGUUCGUGCAAAGCCUGCCCCAGCCCUCCUUGGAUCGGUCAUUCUCUGCACGGACUCCAGAACGACCAUACUGGAGCAUUGGUCGCAAGAGAACAGCAUCACUUCCAAGACCUCAUCGACCGUCAGUGCCCGCUCGCGAGUACCUUGAUAUGGUGUCCGUUCGCAAGGCACGGCCGGCAUCUUUGUCAUCGAGACCACGAACUGCACCAAAUUGCUCCACCACAACGCACAUAGAGACAUUAUUUCCCCUACCUGAUUUCGCGUUUCUCACAGCGUCGACGAGCCGCGACCCUCGUCCCAAAUCUGCCACGGUGAAGACAUUUCAAGCUGAUCUUGCCACACCCGAUGCCGAAAUUGAGCCUGUUCAUGAGGCCUUUCAAGUGAAACGGGCUUCACUGGCUUCCAUCGAGUUGUUUUCGCGAGCAGACUUGAAGAGUAUCGAUGUACCAAAGUCACGGCAUAAUAGUGUCUCUCCAAGGAUUACACCGCCUCACACCCCGCCUGCUUGGUCACGACAGUCUUCUCUGGAACAGGAUCUAUCAGCGAAAAUGCCAGGUAAAUCAGAUAUCAGCAUCGGCUGCUUUCCGACCCCUCCAUAUGGCAAGACAUUCACAGAAGAUGGCCUGGAGACUACGGGAGAUGAAAUUUCGGCCGUCCAUGAAGAGAGUGAGUCGCCGGUAAUGAGAAAAAGUUUUGACCCGCUCGCACCACCACUGAAUCCCGCCAUGCCGAAACGUCGCGUCAAGGAGGCCUCUCGCAAUCAGAACACAAGGCCAAUGUCUCCUGGCUCACAGAUUGUCAAAGCAACACUCCGACCUGAUGCGGACAACUUCGAUCGCCAUGUCUCUGACGUUUUGGACGCUCUCCCAGCGCCUAUCAAGUUUAAGCCUCGACUUGGUGCUGAAACACCUGUAUCCCGUUCGCAUGGUUUUAUCGGACCUCGUCCGAAGGCACAAGCAGUGAGAGGACUAACCAGAAGCGGUGAUCUCACCAUUGUGCCGGCGGAAUCGUCACCGAAGAAGUCCACUUCUUCCUCUGAUCCUGAAGUGAAGCUUUACCAUCUUACACAAAGCGGUCGUGAUGAUCCAAUCAAGCUUUUCGUGCGCAUAGUAGGAGAAGGCGAGCAACGUGUGAUGGUUCGAGUGGGCGGCGGCUGGACCGAUCUGGCUGACUAUCUCAUUGGCUUUGCUCAACAUCAUGGGAGCCGCACUGUAUCUGAGGGAAAUCUAGAGGUGCAAACUGUGACCGGCGCGAAUCGACCCCGCAAGGCUAGUGGCCCUGCGGAAUUCAUUCGGACCAAGUCGCCAAUGGCAGCCGUCUCGCGGCCAGAGAGCAGUGACGGCGACGAUGAUGUACAGGGUAAGCCACUGCCAUUUGAUCUACGAGGCAAUGGGCUUAAAUCGACACCCAAGAAGGGUGCAUCUGGAACCCAGAGCUCUACACCAAAAUCGAUAUCGUCAAGCUCACGACCGUCGACCGCGACUUUGUCACGUCCGCCUAGUAGGCAGACCACUGGAGAGGUUGGCUUGUCAGGACCCUCGAGCGCAUCAAAGCGUGCAGUCCUACCAGAGCACAGUCAAAAGUGGGUUGACGGUAUGAUACAACGCGCCAAACAGGCAAGUGCCGAAAAGUGCAAGGAGGACAAGGAAAAGCACUUCAGUGAGCUGAGCAAGGCUGGUGGUACCCGACGGCUGUACUUCAGACCGGCCCCCGGGGCUUCUGGAACUACUGCUGGAAUUGCCGAGAAGUUGAAGUAA